AUGGACUACGAUCAUGGCCCACCCUCGACGGCCUUGUGGCCGGGCCAACCGCCGUCUUUCGAGAAGUCUAGCCAGAUCUUGAUUCGAGAAUACCCCCACCGCGCCAUCGCCAUCGCGUCCAAAUCGCAUGCCCUCAUCUUGAGACACAGCACAACAACAAGCGAGGCCAUUGCCAAUGGAUCCCUUGCGUCUGUAUCGGCCGGCCGCCCGCGCUUUCCCAACUCCGACAACAAUGCGUCCAAAUGCAUGGUUGAGUUUUCUGCAACAUCCGACAAGUUACUUGACGACUACCGCCCCUUAACACCACGGCCCAUUUACGGAACGCUGGGGCUUAUAUCGAUCGGGCCAGAUGUAUUUCUUUGUGUUAUUACGCAGGCUUCACGGGUUGCAACGCUUCGCCCGGGUGAGACAGUUGAGAAGAUCGAGGCCGUCCAGUUCUUCUGCCUCAACUCGGCCGAGUACGAUGACGUCGUAGCCGUCGACCCCUACGACCUAGACUCGGACGUCGCAUCCGUAUACGGGCAAGGACUAGGGAGGAGGGAUGUUGCAAUAGAGCACCCUUGCCAGGAACUGCAGAAGCUACUUGGGAACGGCACCUUCUAUUAUAGCACCGACUUCGAUGUUACAAACCGCAUGCAAGACAGGCUGGCCGAUGCUGCGGAAUUCGAUAUAGACAACUUUGACGAAUCCUUCCUCUGGAAUUCUUACAUGAUCCGACCACUCGUACUCUUUCGAUCACGAUUACAAAAGCAAGAGCGGGACGCACUCGACGCAUCGAGGAUCUUGACCUCUGCGAUUCGUGGCUUCUGCAGAACCUGGACAAUCCCACAGAAUAGGGCGCCGUUAAGCUCUGCGAAUACUGGUUUGCCGUCCUACUUGACUAUCACCUCGCGGCUGUCAUGCAGAAGAGCCGGUACAAGAUUUAAUUCGAGGGGCAUCGACGACGAUGGGAACGUGGCCAAUUUCGUUGAAACAGAGACGACAUAUUGGAGCCCAUCCGGGGUCGUGUUUUCGUACGCCCAAGUACGAGGCUCAGUGCCGGUCUUUUGGGAGCAGGCUGCCGGCCUUAUACCGAAUCAACAAAAGAUCACCGUUACGCGCUCGGCGGACGGGACUCAACCGGCAUUCGAUAAGCACUUCUCCGACCUGGAACAAGCAUACGGCGCGGUUCAUGUUGUGAACCUCUUAAGCGCCACGAAACCCGGGGAGUACGAGCUCACGACUCUUUACCGACUAGGCGUUCAAAACUGCCCCCUCAGCCGACCAGAAGGAAACCAGUCCAGGGAUCAUGCGUUGCUCAGGGAGACCGAGUAUGAUUUUCAUGCGGAGACCAAGGGCCCCCAGGGGUACGUGGCGGCCAACGAAAUCCGACGGUAUAUCGAAGAUUCGGCCGACGGAUUUGCGUAUUAUCUUGCGCAGGAGUCGGAUGAUUUGGGGCAAUCGAACGGCAGUACGCAUGGUCACAAGAAGCGCCGGUCCGUUGUGGUCCUUCAGCAGGAGGGUGUCUUCAGGACAAACUGCCUUGACUGUCUAGACAGGACAAACCUCAUUCAAACCAUCAUUUCACAAAUGGCUGUGGAAGCUUUCCUCGGUCACAGAGGGGAAAGAGCACUCUCUGACUUUUGGUCCCGCCAUGCUAACCUGUGGGCUGACAAUGGCGACUCCCUAUCCAAAAUCUACGCCGGCACCGGCGCCCUCAAGUCCUCUUUCACUCGCACGGGGAAAAUGUCACUUGCCGGGGCAAUUGCCGAUGUCCGAAAAUCAGCUACCCGACUUUACUACAACAACUUUGCUGAUAAAGCCCGCCAAAUCACCAUCGAUACCUUGCUCGGGAGCCUCGUGGGGACCUUCAACCUCAAUGGGAGGACUGAUGGCAUCAGUGAGGAUCUGUCUUGCUGGCUUUGGCCCUCUGAGCUUGGUUCUAUUCAGCCAGAAAUUAUCGCUAUUGGAUUUCAAGAGAUAGUCGAGCUUAAUCCCCAGCAAAUCAUGAACAGCGACCCGACCAGAAAACAGCUCUGGGAACGGGCUAUCAAAGCCACGUUGGACGAGCAUUACAACCGAGAGGGGGACGAGAAGUAUGUCCUGCUGCGGAGCGGACAACUCGUCGGCGCUGCGCUGUGCAUCUUUGUCAAGACCUCGGUACUUCACAAUAUCAAAAACGUGGAGGGCAGUGUCAAGAAAACAGGCAUGUCAGGGAUGGCCGGAAACAAAGGGGCGGUUGCGAUCCGUAUGGACUACGCAAACACGCCCAUUUGCUUCGUAACUGCACACUUGGCGGCCGGUUUCGCCAACUAUGAGGAGAGGAACCGAGAUUAUGCCACUAUCGACCAGGGCCUCCAUUUCCAGAGGAACAGAGGGAUAGCCGACCACGACUCGGUCAUUUGGUUUGGCGACUUCAACUACCGAGUUGGGCUCGGUCUAGAGGCAGCCAAGGAUGCGGUGAAGAAGCGGAAUCUUGAGCGGCUGUUCGAGAACGACCAACUGAACCUUCAAAUGGUGGCGGGGCUCUCCUUUCGUUUCUACUCCGAAGCUCGAAUAACUUUCAUGCCAACAUACAAGUACGAUGUCGGCACCGACGACUUUGAUAGCUCUGAGAAAGCACGUAUCCCCGCAUGGACUGACCGCAUCCUUCGAAAGGGCUCAAACCUUCGACAACUGGCCUACAACUCGGCCCCGCUACGCUUCUCGGACCACCGGCCAGUCUACGCCAUCUUCGAGUGUACUGUCAACAUCGUGAAUGAGAAGCUGCGAGACAAGAUCAGCCGGGAGGUCUACGAACGACGCAAAGCCGAGGUUGGGGAAGGUACCGCGAACCUAGGUGCAAACGAAUCCGACGACGAGGAUCUAAUAGGGUACGAUGCCAUCGAACCCGGACUUCCACCCGCCAGUUCCGACCGUCAAAAGUGGUGGUUGGACAACGGAAAGAUGGCGAAGUCUUCCAUCAGCCCCCCUAAGCCCAACAACCCAGCGUCGCAAAUCAUUUUGAACCCAAAGCGGCCAACAAACCCCCACGCGCCAACUGACGAGCCGGACUGGGUCAGUAUUCCUAGGUCGGAAUCCCGCUUGUCGUCUUUCUCCAGCAUGUCGACCUCGCCGUACGAGCACGUCAAUCAUUCCACAUUGCUCUCGUCAUCAGCGUCUAGCUCGGCGCCGAGAAAGCUACCGCCUCCCUACGAUCCAUCAAUGCUUCCCACCAAGAUGGGGAGGAUGCAAAUCAAUGAAGACAUCAAGAGCUUGCAUGAAGAUGGAACACCUCCUCCGCCUCCUCCACGGCGGCAGACGAGCAUGGGUACCGGGCCAGGGACCGGUUCCCCCGCCCCGUCGGUUCAACAGAAGCGAAAGCCGGUGAAUAAGGUAACGCCUACUCCGCCUGUUGGACCGAAGCCGGGAGCAUCUCAAGAGCAGCUAGCGAAACAAAAGGCCGCGCCGCCCGUGGCAAAAAAGCCAGCGCAUCUCGCAGCCCCGGUCUCCCCAGCAAGCAGCAUCCUCUCAACCAGCCUCACCUCGGACGCAACUCUACGCGGCCCAGAGGGAUCGGUCGCUGACAUUCCUCGGCGACCAACACCCAACGCCGCCAACGGCUCGGAGUCAAACCUGAGCCGCGGUCUCGCAUCGCUGCCGGUCAGAAAUGCCAGCCUUAGGGAGCGGACACCGUCGCCAUCACAAUUCCCUCGUCGAACUAAUACUACGGCGGGCGUGACGGCGCAGAGCAGGAUGGCGGCUGCGGGCGGGAUCCCGCUUGUUGGAUUGGCAGGGCCACAGGAGCGUAAACCGCAGUUGCCGGCUAGGAAACCGGUGAGCCCCGCUCCUGCGCCCUCGUUUCAGAGGCAGACGCCGCCGCCUCCGCCGGCACCGAGGAAGGCGCCGCCAGUGGUUGAUCUGCUGGCGGAUGACGGGGCGAUGGAGAUGGGUGGAUGGGAGGCGUUGAAGCCCUCCUCUUAG